GAUACAUGCUGCACCCCAGGGUUUGCAAAAGUUACUAGAAUACUUAAAGACGAAAUACCGAAUGUCUACGUAAAGUCAGUUCGCAUUGGCAACACUACCAGUGACGAUUUCGUUCACAGCUACUUCGGCAAUGUCAAUGAACAGAUAAUCCAGGUUUGUAAGGAACUUGCUGAAGAUUCCAGAUUUGCAAAUGGAUACAGCGCAAUUGGUUUUUCUCAAGGAUCGCAAUUUUUAAGAGGUCUUGCUGAAAAAUGUUCCGUUCCACAAAUGAAGAGGCUUAUUUCUUUUGGUGGGCAGCAUCAAGGCGUGUACAGAAAAGGUACGUUGAUACAAGCGCAGUUCUGGCACGAUCCCUUCGACGAGGAAACUUAUCGACGCGAAAGUCUCUUCUUGGCCGACAUCAACAACGAGAGGGGCAUAAACGAAUCUUACCGCAAUAACCUGAAGAAUUUGGACAAGCUGGUGUUGGUGAUGUUUUCAAAUGACACCAUGGUCAUUCCGAAAGAGUCCUCCUGGUUUGGAUUCUAUUCUUCACACCAGACAACGAACGUUGUUCCAAUGGAAGAAACUGAUUUAUACGUUCAAGUGAGGUUCGAUUUUUAA